CAAAGGACUGCAGUUUAGAGAAAAAGGUUAUGACGGAACUGAGCUGAACAUGGAGCUUUUUUGGAUUUUGUUAUUUUCUAGUUUCUAUCCUCAUGCCUCUGGCCAAGGAGUUUACGCUCAAGCCAACGCCCAGAUCGUGCACUCAGGCGCAGCGUGUAACGUCAAGGAUGAUAACAUCAGUGAGAGAAUCUACACCAUCAAAGAAGGAGACACACUAGUGCUUCAAUGUAUCGUUAAAGGACACCCACGACCACAGGUGCGGUGGACAAAGACUGCAGGCAGUGCAUCAGACAAGUUCCAAGAAACAUCAAUCUACAACGAGACGCUGCGCAUUGAGGGCAUCCAGAGGGUGCAGGGGGGUCGCUACUACUGCAAGGCCGACAACGGGGUGGGGGUGGCUGCCAUCAAGUCCAUCCGCGUAGAUGUGCAGUACCUUGACAUACCUGUUCUCACGGUGCACCAGACCAUCAGCGAUGUGCGGGGCAGUUACUACCAGGAGAAGACUGUGUUCCUGCGCUGCACCGUCAACUCCAACCCUCCCGCACGUUUUAUCUGGAAACGUGGGAACAUGCUCAUUGAACAGAGCAAGGACAAUGGAGUAGACAUCUAUGAACCACUUUACACUCAGGGUGAGACCAAGGUGCUUAAGCUGAAAAACCUCAGACCCAAGGACUUUGCCGAUUACACGUGCCAGGUGUCAGUACGCAAUGUGUGUAGCAUCGAAGACAAGUCAGUCACCUUCAGGCUGACAAAUGCCACAUCUCCCCCAAUGAUCCGGCUGUCAGUGAACGACACGGUGGUGGUGGACCCCGGGCAGGAUGUGCUCCUAACCUGUGAGGUGACGGCAGGUUUCCCCCUCCCCACCCUGAGGUGGUCGCCCCUUCCCCUCAGCGCACAAGUUCGAGGGCCAACGCUCAAUCUGCGGGCGGUCACACCGACCGACGCUGGUUUCUACAACUGUACGGCUUACAACAACGUGGGCAACCAGGCCCGCAAGAACGUCAAUCUGGUUGUCAGGACAAUGAGUAACCUGACCUUCCAGAUAACACCAGACUCCAACAAGGACAGCGAGACCAUCCAGAUGGGUCGGGACCUCAAGCUGUCGUGCCAUGUUGAUGCCACCCCACAGGACAAGGUCAACUACACCUGGUACAAGAACGGUGCACCUGUUUUCAACUCGGAUAGCCUGAUCUUGUUGCGCAGUGACCCAGACAUGGCACCCGGCACCAGUAGCUUGGAGAUUGUUGACAUGAAGUUCAGAGACUUGGCUACCUACAGCUGUGUGGCGAACUUCCCCGGCAGCAGGGUGCCAGAGCUGCGUGUGGAUGUCAACAUCUCUCAGAACAGUGUCUCUCCUCCAGUGUUGGCUCUUCCACCAGGAGGUCAGGUGGUGAACGUUCGGGAGGGAGGUAACAUCGACCUGGUGUGCUUGGUGGUAGAAGGUAAACCCCGUCCACCUAUACUGUGGUCACGGAUGGAAAAAGACCUGCUAAUGUCGUCAGGGGCAACCACGAUGGAGACACUUGAUGGCCGCUUGAUGCUAAGAAAUGUGAGCCGGGACAUGAUGGGGGCGUACCGCUGCCAGACUGCUCCGUACAACGGCCUUAACAUCAAACGCAGGGAGGCACAGGUCCAACUCAAUGUGCAGUAUCCUCCCAUACUGGACCCAGGCGACCCGGAUGUGCGUUCAAGGAACUAUCAGAUGGUGACCCUGAGGUGUACGGUGAUACGCUCAUUCCCGACACGCCUUAUAGACAUCCGCUGGUUCCGUAAUGGCGAAAUAAUCCGCAUGCCCAUGCCAGACACUAAGGAGAAGCCAGAGCUGAAGUUUAAGCUGGACCCCACCAACAACGGCUCGUAUGAGUGUCGAGUCACCAAUAGUGCAGGGACAUCAACAUGUGCAUUUAAUGUCUCUGCACAACCCUACAAUGCUGAGUUUUACUUCGACACACCCAACCCAGUGCGAAUUCAAAAAGGAAACAACUAUUCCUACAACCUGCAGUGGACACAGAGAGAUCCUGAGGCCACGGAUCGUAUCAUAGGUUACUGGAUUAAUGUUCGAAAGAACAAGCAGAACGUGCUCUCAAAGCAGAUAGACCUCAAGGGCAAGGAGCCAGAGAAGGGUGUGCUGCUGUCCCACACCAUAUCAGACCUGAGGAUCCCUCUGUCCUACGAGGUCCGACUGGCACCCAUCACCACCUACAGCACCGGGGAGUACGCCAGUCGCAUCAUACAGUACUCAGAACCCUACACCUACCCAAGACCUUCAGACCAUGUGUGUGGUUUUGAGGAUCAGAGGAUCUGUGGUUUCUCUCAAGACCGGAGUGAUGUCUUCGACUGGACGAGACAAAAUCACCUAUCCCAGAAUCCCAAGCGAUCUGCCAAUACCGGACCCGAGACUGACCGCAGUGGAACCAAGGAAGGGUACUACAUGUACAUUGAAGCAUCACGGCCGCGCACUGAGGGGGACAAGGCUCGUCUGCUUUCUCCACUUUUUAAUGUGACCUCAGUCAGAGGCCCCAAGGGCUCUGGCAGAGUCCCAUACUGUGUCGCUUUCUACUACCACAUGAAGGGCAAACAUAUUGGCUCCCUCAAUGUGCUUCUGAGAGUGAGAAGCAUUGCCUCUGUGGACUCGGUGGUCUGGUCGAAGUCUGGUCACCAGGGCCCGGACUGGAGGAGAGCGUUCUUUGACAUCAGCCCCAGUGGACCCUUUCAGAUUGUGUUCGAGGGAAUUCGAGGCCCGAGUUUCGAGGGGGAUAUUGCCAUUGACGACGUGUCUAUCACCGUCGGGAAGUGCAAGCAGGACACUGUAUCCAGCGCAGGUAAGACAGUUCUGAUUGGUGGAUCACGCUCACUCCCAUUGGCCAGGUGGCUGACCUUCGGCCUCUCCUGCUUCCUGUUGCUACUCUACAGAUGAUGAUCACUUCCUGCGACACCCCCUGUCUGUAGUGACAGACACUGUCCUGACUCACGCUCUUAUACUUCUCUCUCUACCCUUCUCCCUGUCCUUUCCUCCACAUACCAUUCUCCUUAACUCUCCUUUUCCACUCUAUGUAGUUCUAUCCUUUGUGCAUCCAUGUCAGCCUUCUUGCAUAGAUAAAUAGUAUCACAGAGUCUUUGUCUAGUUUCUCCUCCUCUGCUUUCUUUGAACCUUUCCCCCCAGACACUCAGUAUAACCAACUGUUGUGCAUACUGUAUUUAAGGUGAACAUACUUACUGAUAUUUGACGGUUACAAUUCACCUUCUCUCCUUUGUCUCUCUAUUAAUCUGAUUAGAAUCACUUUAUCCAUGUCAGCGUGUCACUUUGUCACCUUUACCUCUCCUUCAUCAACCCUUUUAUCAUCCAUACAUGUUCCCUUUCAUGUAUCCUCAACGGCCCCUCCACCCUAUUCCCCAGACACACCAAAGUGUCGGACACUCUACCAAAGAUGACAAAGGACCUGAGGGAAUAAAACGAAGGAACAGGAUUCCAGGAAGAAAGUGUAAGAGAGAGAGAAAAAGAGGGUAAAAUCCUUCUUCUUCACAAGACUGUCUCCCAUCGGUCCCAAACUCUGGGACAUUGGGAGCUAACGACUGAUAAAGGGACGGACUAAGAGAAAGAAACUGAUGAUUGAAUGAAUACAUAAAUGAAUGCUGAGAAAAGGACCAGCCAGAAACAGAGGAAAUAGAAGUGUGCUCCUGGUAGCCUCUCUGCUUGCCCUCUGCUUGCCACAAGAGACGAACCUCAGCGCGGAUUAUACGUGUACAUUUAUCUCUAUAUAUAUAUUAAAUAUAACAAAGUUUAAACUUAAACACAACUAGGACAGUGGAGGACUUUACAAAGUGAAAUUAAAGAAGCACAAUGUUUAUACAACCUCUGCUGUACCUUUGGGUUUUAUUCUACUUAUUAUGUGAUGUUGCAAUUUGUCAGACCUAUUCAAUGUUUUUGAUAUUUUGCUUUUUUGUUUUCUUUGGUUCAUGGCGUAACGAAGGGUCAAAGAGAAUGGGUAAUAAAGUAUUAUAUUAAUAUUUAUGAGAAGAAGAGAAGAUGAUUCGUGAUCGAGGACCAGAAUUGAGCACGAGGAGGGAAAAGCAAGGAUGACCCAAGCCAACUGGAUUGGAAACCUCAACUUGUAUUGGCACGUACUGAACACACACACAGACACACACAGACACUUUUUCCUUGCUGACAUCACAGCCAGGCCCUCAGCUCACCCUCUGCCUCAAAACAUGUCUCCUCUAUGGAUGAAACAAAAAGAAAACCACAGUUGAUAGAUACAACCUUCACGUUUCUGCGCCCUAACCAUGAACUUAACGCAUCGCUGGACAUCAUUACUGGUCAUGUCCGGAUUGAUGAGCCACAACUGAAAAGCUGGACAUGUUAUUUCUCAUGAAAUGGAAAACAAGGUGUCGUAGAAGAGGGCCACAAAGAGCUUGGAGUGAGUUCAGUUGAAUAUUUCUUUCUCUAAUUGAAUGUUAUGUAUGAAUUUCCCAUGCAGUGAAAAAAACUGUCAGAUUGUUAGCAGCAAGGAUUGCAUAUCAGAUUUUCUGUUUUGUUUAAUUAAUGUCUGUAGUUUAAACUGUUUUUCAUAAUAACAUAGAUAUGAUGGUUAAAGUUAAGCAAUAAUCAUAUCUAUAGAUCUGUAUACAAACCUUUAUGAGUGCAUUUGAGAUGGCAGUUCAGAAGGGAAGGGAUUUCUUUCUAAAUACAAUUGUAGUCAUCAUUCAUAAAGUUCAAUAAAGAAGCUGUAGCUAUUGUAAUCAUAUCGAUAGUAUUUUUUCGAUGUUCUCCAUUAGGCUUUAACCUAUCUCAAGAAAGCUCCAAAUUCACAUGUUACGCUUUUGCAGUAAGUGAUCUACUUUUUAUGCUGAUCUUCUUCAUUACCAUGUACAUCACAUGUGAUUCAAUCAUGAACACCAUAUGUACUUUAGUCUGUGUUAUUUCAAAUUGAUUUGAUCACUUUUUUGGUUGCUUUUUCUUAAUUGUGGUUGUUACAAAUUGUAUUGUUGGCUUUACAAUCAUAAGUAGUGCAGAACAUACAUAAAUGACGUGCCUAAUAGAUUGUUCCACUUUGGUGUGAGUAGCAAUUUCUUUGUUAAGCUGGCACUGCUGGCUACUGUACAGUAUGAGUAUAACAUCAUACUGUAUCAAUGACAACUCAGUCAUUCAAUGCUGCGUAAGGCAUGUUGGAUUAACCUGUGAAGCUCUCUGUCAGUGGUGUAUUAUAUGAACUUGGGAGCCCUCUGAAACCUGCAGACUCUCAAUAAUCCUGUACAUUAGCUCCAUCUCCAUUUAUUUUAAAUCUCAUGGCAGGUUGCAACUGAAUGUUACAACCACUUAAGAAGUGAAUUUGAGUGACAUGCUUUCCUGUCAAUGUAGCUUUGUCAUGCUGCAAUUGUAUACUGUAAAAGUUAUGCUGAAAAUAUUUUAAACCUUUUAAAAUAUUUCCCACACACAUCAAGACAAAACAGGUGUAUAUUUGUAGGUAUUUAUUGCAACAACUCAAUGUUCACCUUCCUAAAUGGCUAAGGGAUAAGGAUGUUGUAUUUAAAUGAGCUUAAGUUUAACUUUUAGACAUUUCAUGAAGCAUUAAUGUGCAUGGCAUUUUCAUUGUGCUUACUGUCAAAGUGUUCUUCAUAUUUCCUCAUAUUUCAAUGGCAGUGGUAACAGAGACUGAUUACUUCUGUCAUUUUUGCAUUUGGACAUGCGACAGCUGCAAAUUAACUGACAGAAUACUGUGGAAACCUCAGAUGUAUUGUCUGAAACAUUGUUAUAUUUUCAAAAUUAUUGGGACAACUUUAAGCUCAAGUUCAAAGUGAAAGAAGACAUUGAUUUAUUUCACCUACCUGAGAUCACAAUAUCAAGGCAUGACAUACAGAUGUGCAGAUAAUCUGACCAAUAUGUUAUUCUCAUUAUGUUGCCUGGUGAAGCAACACAUUGUCACUUUACCAAUGGUUUAUGUCAAGUUGGGAAACUAACUGUUACUGUAUUCAUCUACUCCGAUAUAAUGUUUUUUUUUUGCACAAAUGAAUCAUCAAAAUGCUUCUAUACUGGCACACUACAGUCCACUCUGAGGCAUCAUAAGCACUGCGUAUUUCCCAGGUGAUGACUGCCCAAAGGGAAGUUUAAAGAGAAUCAAGCAAUCAUCCUUUUUUGGGUUUUGAUAUCAAGCAUUUAAAUGCUUUAGAAAUUGCCAUUACAUAAUAUUUAGAGUGUAAGCACACCUGUAGCAACACUAACAUUUGCCCAUAUGGUAUCUAGGAUACAUACAACGUGAGGUUUUCAUAUAUCAUAUAUCUAAAAUCAUCGCAUAUAGUUCAAUUGACAUUAUUAUUUCAGUACAAAAUAAUCAUGUGCUUCAUUUGUUUCAAAAAAACAUCCGUCAAUAAAAUAAAAAUGAACAGCAAUGAAAAGCUUCUGUCAAUAAUAACAUUAUCUGUCCGGGGGUAAAAUGCUUUGGUAGCAAACAAACAUCUGCUGAUCGUCAUACAGUGCUGAAACUAAGAGCAAUGAGAUGUGUAGCACAGCUGUUAGUUAGCAUACAACAGACAUGUAAUACAUCUGGAUUGGAGAAGAGGUUCAAGGUAAAUCAAAACAUAUCUGUGAAUACCAUAUUGAAUCCAAGUCAACUUCACAAAAAUAAUUUCCUGUGGCUUUUAACCAGCAUACACAGUGUGAGGGAACAACACUUACUGUAUGCUGGUUAGGUUGAAAGCACCUACAGAUGGAACAUGAUUUUACAUCUAGUUUUUAAUUGUUUUAUAAAGUCAGACCAAAGACAAGACAACUAGCUAAAAGUGUACCACAUGAAUUAGUGCUGGAAAUUAACAGAUUCAUUUUCUCUUUUCUGGUAGAUAACACAAUGCAUCUACUUAAAAUCUCAAGAGAAGUAUUUUCCAAAAUGUAACAUCUAAAGGGUAUUUAUAUUCCUUAUUUUCUUAUAAGGAAUACACUUGUUUGAGUCCUUUACAUUAGAGCAACUUGUCCACUUCCUGUACGUGCUCAUCAUCUGUUUACUGAGCCCCAGUAGAGUUACACUUGUAUGACAAACUGACUGUUAAUGAUCCACUUACUGUUUACCAUCUGUACUAUCUUGAACUGAUUGGAGUUGACGUCCAAGAGACUGUACGGACCUACUCAGCCUCUAUUCCCUCCUUGACUGCAAAAGCUGCCAAAACAGAGAGGAACAGUUUGGCAAUAGAACCACGUUUCCUUCUGGCUACACAAAUAAAUAAAGGUAUAUGUUCAAUAGUGAUUUUUCUGGUUUGUGGGAAAUAAGAUGAUGUGAAACAAUCAGUGUCUGAGUGCCGGCAACAGUCCUGGCUUCCCUGUUAUGUUACGUAAUCUCAUGAGUGUUUUGCGACCCUGUUUUACAGACUGCAAUGACCUUUUUCACAAAACGCUGUGACCCUUGCCCUGUCUUCCCAAAAACAGGUGAAAAGCAAAACAUUUCAAAAUAUUUGUUGGAUUGAAAUUGUUUUGUAAACUUCUCCUUCUGAUCAAAGUCUGGGACAAAAAAAGUAACUGACUUCUAGUGGACUUUUUUGACACAUGACAGUGUGGUAUUUCAACAAGCAGCUUCAAAAUGAUAAGCCUUAAUACCUUAUACAGUAUAUGACUUUUUUAGGCCUCACCUGACUAUUGUAAUUCACUGUGACAAGCAUUGUCUUCGCAUUAAGUACGUUUUGGGAAUCAGUGCAUGAGUCACAGUAGUUGUCCACAUGCUGAGUGUCAGGUCGACAGCAUAGCCUUCAUCGGUCUGUGUUUCAAUCCAUUUUUGGAACAGAAGAUUUGAAAUGCACCUUUAAUGUGUAAAAAAGGGAGAGGGGUAUCAAACAGUGCUGGGUGUUGUAUAUUGCUGUCAUGUACUAAAGUAUUUUAGAGGAAAAUAUAUUUGAAAUAUGAUUCUGAAAGGUAUAAAUAAACA